AUGUCAGUUCAUUCCUCGCAUCCUGUCGUACAGCAACGUUCAAGCAUGGCGAAGGGUUUCUUCAUCAGCAAAACCAUAGGGAUAGUGGGAAUUGUGAUAGGUGCUGGAGCCGUUGCCACGAUCAUCGCCCUAUCUGUGGUCUACUCCCAAGAGAAGGCUAAGAACAAUGAUGUAAAACCCACAGAUGAAGUGACCACCACAAAACCCCCAACAGGUCCAGCUCCGACGACCCCGCAAUCCAACGAACCUUGGGACCAGUGGCGGCUUCCUAAAACGCUGAUUCCAGAAUCGUACAAGGUCGACCUGUGGCCAAGACUGAAGGAGGACCCUAUUACCGGCUUGUACAUCUUUACUGGAACCUCAAGCGUCAUCUUCAAAUGUGUGGAGGAGACAGACCUCAUUCUCAUUCAUUCCAAUAAGUUAAACAUGACCAAAGAUGCCACCUUGACUUCAAUCGGCGGCAAACCAGUUCCUCCUAUUAAAUCCACCUGGAUGCAGACGAAAACGCAGUAUAUGGUGAUUCACCUGGAAGAUAAAUUAACCGCCGGGGAAAGCUAUGAGCUCCAUACAGAAUUCGUAGGGGAGCUUGCGGACGACUUGGGUGGCUUCUACCGAAGUGUAUAUAUUGAUUCUAAUGGAGUAGAAAAAAUAGUGGCUACGACGCAGAUGCAAGCGACGGAUGCCAGGAAAGCUUUUCCAUGCUUUGAUGAACCGGCAAUGAAAGCUGUUUUUAACAUCACUGUUUUUCAUGAUCGUGGAACCAUAGCCCUCUCCAACGGCAUGGACAAAGAGACAACUGAGGUUACGGUGGACGGCGUUGAGCUAAUCAAAACAGUGUUUGAACCCACCGAAAAAAUGUCGACGUAUUUGUUGGCAUUUAUUGUCAGUGAAUUCCAAAAAAUUGAUCAACAAAAUGGAAAUGUUCUGAUUCGAAUUUAUGCCCGUCCAGAAGCCAUAAACUCAGGGCAAGGGGAGUAUGCACUUAAUGUGACUGGACCGAUUCUUAAAUUCUUCGAAGAAUAUUUUAGUUCACCCUAUCCAUUACCCAAAUCAGAUCAGAUCGCCCUGCCUGACUUCAAUGCCGGUGCAAUGGAAAACUGGGGUUUAAUCACAUAUAGAGAAACGGCACUGUUGUAUGAUAAAGAUAUAUCUUCGAAUGGAAACAAAGAGAGGGUCGCCACUGUUAUUGGCCAUGAACUUGCUCACCAGUGGUUUGGAAACCUUGUGACUCUAAACUGGUGGAAUGACCUUUGGCUCAAUGAAGGUUUUGCAUCCUACGUCGAAUAUCUUGGGGCCGAUAAAGCUGAGCCAAAUUGGAAUAUUAAAGAUCUGAUAGUUCUCAAUGAUGUGCACCGAGUUUUUGCCAUAGACGCAUUGGCCUCAUCUCACCCCUUGUCCUCCAAAGAAGAAGAUGUCCAGAGACCUGAACAAAUUAGUGAAGUCUUUGAUACAAUCUCCUACAGUAAGGGGGCAUCGGUUCUUAGAAUGCUGUCAGAUUUCCUCACUGAGACAGUGUUUACUGAAGGAGUCAAAACUUAUCUGGACCAUUUCAAAUUCAGCAACACAGUGUACACUGACCUUUGGGACCAUCUUCAACAGGCUGUGGAUAAAACCGGCACCAAUCUCCCCAAAACUGUGCAUGAGAUUAUGGACCGUUGGGUUCUUCAGAUGGGCUUCCCGGUGGUCACUAUCAACACUGCAACUGGACAAAUCACACAAAAGCAUUUUCUACUGGACCCCGACUCUGUUGUGGAAAGACCAUCAGAAUUCAAUUAUGAGUGGUUUGUACCAAUUAAAUGGAUGAAGAAAGAUGUAGCACAAGCGCCAUACUGGCUUUUAGAGAAAACUGCUACAAAUGAUAAAAUGAAGACAAAUGCAGAUGACUGGAUUCUGGCCAAUAUCAAUGUGGUAGGAUACUACAGGGUUAACUAUGACAAUGAAAACUGGAACCGUCUACUUAACGCUCUCCAGACAUCCAAAGCGAGCAUUCCUGUUAUAAACCGGGCACAGAUAAUUGAUGAUGCAUUCAACCUGGCUAAAGCAGGAAUCAUUUCCACAACAUUGGCUCUAGACACCACAAAAUAUCUUUUAUCCGAAACAGAGUACAUGCCUUGGGAAGCAGCAUUGGAUAACCUGGACUACUUUUAUCUAAUGUUCGAUCGCACCGAGGUUUACGGCCACAUGCAGGCAUACGUUGGUAAACAGGUUAAACCUUUGUUUGACUAUUUCACGGAUCUUACUCACUGGACAGAUGUCGCAGAAGGACAUACAGACCAAUAUAAUCAGGUGAAUGCACUCCGAGUUGCCUGCAGCACUGGGUUAAAAAAUUGUACAGAUUUAGUCCAAGCAUUGUUCAAAGAGUGGAUGGAUAAUCCAGAUGUCAACCCUAUUAAAGCCAACUUGAGGUCGACAGUUUACUGCAGCGCCAUCGCUGCAGGUGGCGCUGCUGAGUGGGACUUUGCCUGGGAAAGGUUUAAAAGUGCCACUAUUGCAUCAGAGGCCGACAAACUGCGGGGCGCGAUGGCAUGCGCCACCCAACCCUGGUUACUGAACAGGUAUCUGGAAUACACUUUAGACGCCGACAAAAUUCGAAAGCAAGACGCCACUUCUACCAUCAUCAACAUCGCAAGCAAUGUGGUCGGCCAGCCCUUGGCAUGGGAUUUCGUCAGGGCCAACUGGGAAUACAUUUUCAAUCAAUAUGGAGGUGGAUCUUUCUCUUUCGCCAAUCUGGUCAAUGGUGUCACAAAGAGGUUCUCAACAGAAUAUGAACUGAAACAGCUGCAGCAGUUCAAAGAUGAUAAUGCUGACAUUGGUUUUGGAUCGGGCACCCUUGCCAUUGAGCAGUCUAUCGAGAGGACUGCAGCCAACAUCAAAUGGGUCAAACAGAACAAGGAUGCAGUGCUUGAUUGGUUCAAGAAAGCGAUUUAAAGUGAA